UGACGGCGCCGCUGGGCCGCGGCAUGACGACGGGCUCCGGCGCCGGCGCGGCGGUGGUGUGCUACUCGCCGAUGAUGGUGACCACGUACGGCAUCUGGCAGGGCGUGAGCCCGCUCGAGUUCUCCCUCCCGCUCUUCAUCCUCCAGGUCACCAUCAUCGUCGGCACCACCCGCAUCCUCGUCCUCCUCCUCAAGCCCCUCCGCCAGCCCCGCGUCAUCGCUGAGAUCCUCGCCGGCGUGAUCCUUGGGCCGUCGCUGAUGGGGCAGCUGGGGACGUGGGCGGGGACGGUGUUCCCGGAGCGGAGCCUGCUGACGCUGGAGACGGUGGCGCACCUGGGCCUCCUCUACUUCCUCUUCCUGGUGGGCCUCGAGAUGGACGUCAACGUCAUCAAGCGGUCGGGGAAGAAGGCGCUCAUCAUCGCCGUGGCGGGGAUGGCGCUGCCCUUCUGCAUAGGCACGGCCACCUCCUUCAUCUUCCGGCACCAGGUGUCCAAGAACGUGCACCAGGCCUCCUUCCUGCUCUUCCUCGGCGUCGCGCUCUCCGUCACGGCGUUCCCCGUGCUGGCCCGCAUCCUGGCCGAGAUCAAGCUGCUCAACUCGGACCUGGGCAAGAUCGCCAUGUCCGCCGCCAUCGUCAAUGACAUGUGCGCAUGGAUCCUCCUGGCGCUGGCCAUCGCCAUCUCCGAGGUGAACAGCACCCCGUUCUCCUCCCUCUGGGUGCUCCUCUCCGGGGUGGCCUUCGUGCUGGCAUGCUUCUAUGUGGUCCGGCCCGUCAUGUGGUGGAUCGUGCGGCGCGUGCCCGAGGGCGAGUCCAUCAGCGACGUGCACGUCACGCUCAUACUCACAGGGGUCAUGAUCUCCGGUGUGUGCACCGACGCCAUCGGCAUCCACUCCGUGUUCGGCGCCUUCGUGUACGGGCUCGUCAUACCCAGCGCGCCGCUCGGCGUGGUGCUCAUCGAGAAGCUGGAGGACUUCGUGACGGGCUUGCUGCUGCCGCUUUUCUUCGCCAUCAGUGGCCUCCGCACCAACGUGACCCAGGUGCGCGACCCGGUCACCGUGUGGCUCCUCGUGCUGGUGUUCGUCAUGGCCAGCUUCGCCAAGAUCAUGGGCACCAUUCUCAUCGCCGUCGCCUACACCAUGUCCUUCCGCGACGGCGUCGCCCUCGGCUUCCUCAUGAACACCAGGGGGCUCGUCGAGAUGAUCGUGCUCAACAUCGGAAGGGACAAGGAGGUGUUGGAUGAUGAGUCGUUCGCGGUGAUGGUGCUGGUCUCGGUGGCGAUGACGGCGCUGGUGACGCCGGUGGUGACGACUGUGUACCGUCCGGCGCGGCGGUUAGUCGGGUACAAGCGGCGCAACCUGCAGCGGUCCAAGCAUGACUCGGAGCUGCGCAUGCUGGCGUGCGUGCACAUCAACCGCAAUGUGCCGUCCAUUAUCUCCCUACUGGAGCUGUCCAAUCCCACCAAGCGCUCCCCCAUCUUCAUCUACGCCCUCCACCUCGUCGAGCUCACCGGGCGCGCCUCCAACAUGCUCGCCGCCAGCCACACCGCCGGCAGCUCCAGCGACCACAUCUUCAACGCCUUCGAGAGCUACGAGGAAAGCGUCGGCGGCGUGUCGGUGCAGGCGCUGACGGCGGUGUCGCCGUACCAGACGAUGCACGAGGACGUGUGUGUGCUGGCGGAGGACAAGCACGUGUCGCUCAUCGUGCUGCCGUUCCACAAGCAGCAGACGGUGGACGGCGGGAUGGAGCCCAUCAACCCGUCCAUCAGGGGGUUCAACGAGAGCAUCCUCGCCUCGGCGCCCUGCUCCAUCGGGAUCCUCGUUGACCGGGGCCUCAGCGCCGCCACGGCACGCAUGGCCAGCGUGCACCACGUGGCAUUGCUCUUCUUCGGGGGGCCCGACGACCGCGAGGCGCUCGCGUACGCGUGGAGGAUGGUGGAGCACCCGGGCGUCUGCCUCACCAUCGUCCGCUUCAUCCCGCCAGGCUACACCCCGGCGCCGCCGACGUCGAUGGUGUCGCCCAUGUCCUCCGUCGGCGGCGUGGGAUCGCGCGCCACCGCCAUCACCAUCGUGCCCGAGGCCGGGAAGAGCGAGCGGCAGAUGGACGAGGAGUACCUGAACGAGUUCCGGUCGCGCAACAUGGGGAACGAGGCGAUACUUUACGUCGAGCAGGUGGUGGGCAACAGCGAGGAGACGCUGGCGGUCAUCCGGAACCUGAACAACGCGCACGAGCUGUGCAUCGUGGGGAGGCAGCCGGGGGAGGAAAGCUCGCCGCUCACGUCCGCGCUGGCCGACUGGAUGGAGUCGCCGGAGCUGGGGCCCAUCGGGGACCUGCUGGUGUCGUCCGAGUUCUCCAAGAUGGUGUCCGUGCUGGUCAUGCAGCAGUACAUCAUCAACCCGCCGCAGCAGGCGCAGCCGGCGGGGGUGCCCAUGGCCGCCGCGGCGCCGGCCGUGGCGGAAGACCCCGUAAGGCAGUACCUUACGAACGCCAACCAGCGGCCGCCGAUUGGGGCCCGCGGCGGCUGGAGCGGUAGCAGUAGCUCCGCUGACUUCUGACCCUCCUCAGAGCUCUUGGAGCUUAACCGGUAGUGUAACAGUUACAGACGAUGUUUUGCAGUUUUAGGGAGUUCGUGUUCCAUGGUCGUCUUGUGUACAAUUCUACUAGAUAUGAUUAAUUGGUUGCUUCUC